AUGGACCCGUCGUCAAGGUCGAGAGCGCGGUCAAUGCCGCAUGUGCCAGUUGAGGGAUUGCAGGAACCAGGGCCUUCACCGUUUCUAGCAAAGACAUACGAGAUGGUGGAUGAUCCAAACACAAACAACAUUGUCUCUUGGAGCAGGGAAGGCAUCAGUUUUGUUGUUUGGGAUCCAUAUUCCUUCUCCGCGUCUAUUCUCCCUCUAUACUUCAAGCACAACAACUUCUCCAGCUUUGUUAGACAACUCAACACUUACGGUUUUAGAAAGAUCGAGACAGAGAGAUGGGAGUUUAUGAAUGAAGGUUUUUUAAUGGGUCAAAGAGACCUUUUGAAAAGCAUCAAGCGACGAACCUCCUCCUCUUUCCCUUCCUCACUCAUCCACUCUCACCCCGAGAGCCAUGACCCCAGCGUCGAGCUUCCGCAGCUCCGAGAAGAGAGGCAUGUCCUAGUGAUGGAGCUAUCGAGGCUCAGACAGGAGGAGCAGAGAGCGAGAGGCUACAUCCAAGCCAUGGAGCAGAGGAUUAACGGUGUAGAGAAGAAACAGAGGCACAUGAUGUCCUUCUUGAGGCGUGCGGUACAGAACCCUUCGCUUCUGCAGCAGGUACUUGAGCAGAUGAGAGGGCUAGAGGAGGCUGCAAUGAUCGAUCAGGCUAGCUUGGUCAAAACGGAAGCAGUGGAGCACGUAUCGGAGCUUGAGGCGCUGGCGCUAGAGAUGCAAGGAUAUGGACGGAAACGGAUCGAUGGCGUGGAGAGGGAGCUCGACGACGGGUUCUGGGAAGAGUUAUUGAUGAACAACGAGAACUGGAAUAAUGAAGAAGAGGCGAAUGUGAACCAAGUUAAUUAGGUUUUGAGAGUUCAUGUCCGCGUCUAGUAAUCAACAGAAGAAAGAGAGAGAGCAUAAGGAUACUAGUAUUAUGAUCGGUCAAUCAAAGCAGAUGAAGACGGAGAUCCAACAAAAUAAACCAUUUGUAUGAUGAGUAUAGCUCCUUCGUAGUUGCACGAGUAGGCGCUCUCCGGCAUCUUUUAACCAACACGGGAAGUUUGGUAGAUGUUCGCAUCCUCACUCACAUCCUUGGGCUUGCGCUUCUCCUUUUGCUCCAAUAUGAAUCCUAUCCUAUAUAAGUGUAAUAGACAGCAACA